GUUAACAGUCAUAUUUUAGUGUUUAUUUGUUGCAGCAUCUAUUACAUAUCUUAAAGACCCAAAUCCCAUAACUUCCCCUUUAAUAAUAUAUUCGGAGGCAUCAAGUCCUGAAGGUUAAAAGACAACAAAAGCCCUACAAGGGCAAUGAAGCUAUCAAAAUAAGAAGUAUGUUUCAUGGGCAACAUCACCACUCCUAGUAUUGAAAUUAUGCUUUCUUUGCUUAAGUACCUUGUUAUUUUUAUUCUUAUUUCUGUAAUAUACAGAAAUAAGGUUGUGGGUUGAAUUGGGUUGCCAAGAGAUGGUUGAAGUCCCAGCUUCCAGUGCCUGAGAAUGUGACCUUAUUGGGAAAUAGGGUCUUUGCAGAUGCAAUCCAGUUAAAAAGAGGUCACAAUGGAUUAGGGUGGGUCUUAAUCUAAUGACUAGUGUCCUUGUAAGAGGGACAUUUGGACACAGAAACACAGGGAAGAACACCAUGUGGAGAUGGAGGCAGGGAUUCGAGUGGUGCAUCUACAAGCCAAAGAAUGCCAAGGAUUGUCAGCAGCCACCAGAAGCUAAGAGAGAAGUAUGGAGAAGAUUCUCUGAGACCCCAAGAGACAACCAAUCCUGCUGCCUCUUUGAUUUCAGAUUUCUGGCCUCCAUAACUGUGAGACAAUAAAUUUCUGUUGUUUCAAGCCAUCCAAUUUGUAGUAUAGUGUUACGGCAGCCCUAAGAAACUAAAACACACACAUAUUCUAGCACACACACUUUCCAAUCUGAAAUAUAUUUUUCAGUGAGAUAAAGAAACAUGGCUUACUGUGGAAUUCUUUCUAGGUUCUCAACAUUCACUCUGAAGUCAAGGUACUAGAAAAGUCUGACGUAAAAUUUCAAGAGUGCCUUGUUUCAGGUUUUCCUCCUUGACUGGCCUAGGAAAUCCGGAGUUUAUUUUUGUGAGGCAGGGACUCUAGCCAUAUACAUUAUUUAAUUUUCUCUAAAUGAAGGAGGCCCUGCGUUAUAAGUUUAGCUUCCAGGGAGAGUGCAGAAAGUGAUGGCAGCCAACACUUUAUCAGGAGCCUGAACUGGUGGUGUUGAUAUUUAAUGCCAGUAGGCUCCAUCAUUGCUGCAAUACAUCUGGCAUCCUCAGAAUAACUCCAGUUGGGGCUAAGGGAUAAAAUAAAAGACUUCAACAACCUUUAUAUCCGUAUUUCUGAUGUUUUAUCUGCUACUUCAAAUUCUCCUUGGAUAAAGGUGGAAUAAAAUAAUAGAAACUGGAACUAAUAGGCAAAAAGACAACCUAGCCAAAAAAGGAAGAGAUUUUCUUCACUAAAAGGCCCUAGUGCACGCUGAAACGCUGUGACAAGACACACCAAACACCUGCAUUUGCCUUGCAAAUUCCAACUUCUGUGCUUGGCAUUUUUCUCUUAAGGCAAGGCAAAGCACCACACUGCGCAGGCGCCCGCGUCGGUGUGCCCUGGGAGGAUUCCGGCGCAGGCGCGCGGGCCACGAAGUGGGCGGGCUCGCGCGCGUGCUCCGCGGUUCACUUCCGGCCGACGCCGGCCCCUCCCCCUCCCCCCGCGUUGCCUCCUCCCUCUCUCCCUUCUCCUCCCCAGUCUGCCCCAACUCUUCCCCACCCCUAGCGCUCUCCGCCUCGCUCGCCUCCUGCCCUUCCCCUCCCGCUCCAUCCGGGUCGCUGACGGCUGGCUCUGGGCUAGAGAGCAGUGGCGGCUGCUUUUCUCUGAGGAACCCGGUAAAGUUUCACAGGAGCCGAGGAGGUGAGCCGCGGAGCAGCUUCACCGACGCCGGAGGAGCUCUGGUGUUCGCAGCCACUGGCUGAAGGAGGAGGGUCCGGGAGCUGGAGACCUGUCUCAGCUGCUGCGCUGCCUCCCUCUUGCGGGAGGCGCCGCCCCCAGCCGCCCUGGGCUUCCCCUGCCUUGAGGGGCCGGGUGAGUCGUUGCCCCGACAUAGGGAUACCUCCAACUUGCCAGUGUUUCAGAAGGGAGUGUUUUAUUGAAACUGGAAGACCAAAAGAAUUACAAACAUGUUGUGCUGGGGAAAUGCAUCUUUUGGACAGCUAGGUUUGGGUGGAAUUGAUGAAGAAAUUGUACUAGAGCCCAGAAAAAGUGACUUUUUUAUAAAUAAAAAGGUUCGAGAUGUAGGAUGUGGACUCAGACAUACUGUAUUUGUUCUGGAUGAUGGAACGGUAUACACAUGUGGAUGUAAUGAUCUAGGGCAGCUAGGUCAUGAAAAAUCGAGAAAGAAACCAGAGCAGGUUGUUGCGCUGGAUGCUCAAAAUAUCGUUGCUGUUUCAUGUGGAGAAGCUCAUACAUUAGCACUAAACGACAAGGGCCAGGUGUAUGCUUGGGGUCUCGAUUCUGAUGGACAGCUUGGCCUGCUAGGAUCAGAGGAAUGUAUCAGAGUACCCAGAAAUAUUAAAAGUUUGUCGGAUAUCCAGAUAGUACAGGUUGCUUGUGGCUACUACCAUUCACUUGCACUUUCUAAAGCAAGUGAAGUCUUCUGUUGGGGACAGAAUAAAUAUGGCCAGUUGGGUUUAGGCAUUGACUGUAAAAAGCAAGCUUCACCACAACUGAUUAAGUCUUUACUUGGAAUCCCUUUCAUGCAAGUUGCAGCAGGAGGAGCCCAUAGUUUUGUACUCACCCUUUCUGGAGCUAUCUUUGGAUGGGGACGCAACAAAUUUGGUCAACUAGGUCUUAAUGAUGAAAAUGAUAGGUAUGUUCCUAAUUUACUAAAGUCACUAAGAACUCAGAAAAUAGUUUAUAUUUGUUGUGGAGAAGAUCACACUGCUGCACUAACCAAGGAAGGUGGAGUGUUUACUUUCGGAGCUGGAGGGUAUGGUCAGUUGGGUCAUAACUCUACCAGUCAUGAAAUAAACCCAAGGAAAGUGUUUGAACUUAUGGGAAGCAUUGUCACUCAGAUUGCUUGUGGAAGGCAGCACACUUCUGCUUUUGUUCCUUCAUCAGGACGAAUUUAUUCUUUUGGACUUGGUGGUAAUGGACAGCUAGGAACUGGUUCAACAAGCAACAGAAAAAGUCCUUUCACUGUGAAAGGAAAUUGGUUCCCUUAUAAUGGACAGUGUCCACCAGAUUUUGAUUCUGAAGAAUAUUUCUGUGUAAAAAGAAUUUUCUCAGGUGGAGAUCAAAGCUUUUCACAUUACUCUAAUCCCCAGAACUGUGGGCCACCAGAUGACUUUAGAUAUCCUGAUCCUUCGAAGCAGAUAUGGACUGUGAAUGAAGCUCUAAUUCAAAAAUGGCUGAGCUACCCCUCUGGAAGAUUUCCUGUAGAGAUAGCCAAUGAAAUAGAUGGAACGUUUUCUUCGUCUGGUUGUCUAAAUGGAAGUUUUUUAGCUGUUAGCAAUGAUGAUCACUAUAGAACAGGCACCAGAUUUUCAGGGGUUGAUAUGAAUGCUGCUAGGCUUUUAUUCCACAAACUUAUACAAUCUGAUCAUCCUCAGAUAUCUCAGCAGGUGGCAGCGAGCUUGGAAAAGAAUCUUAUUCCUAAACUGACUAGCUCCUUACCUGAUGUUGAAGCAUUGAGAUUUUAUCUUACUCUACCAGAAUGUCCCCUGAUGAGUGAUUCCAACAAUUUCACCACAAUAGCAAUUCCCUUUGGUACAGCUCUUGUGAACCUAGAAAAGGCACCACUGAAAGUACUUGAAAACUGGUGGUCAGUACUUGAACCUCCACUAUUCCUCAAGAUUGUAGAACUUUUUAAGGAGGUUGUGGUACAUCUUUUGAAACUCUACAAGAUCGGCAUUCCCCCUUCUGAAAGAAGAAUUUUCAACAGUUUUCUUCAUACCGCAUUAAAGGUUUUAGAAAUAUUACAUAGGGUAAAUGAGAAAACUGGACAGAUUAUACAAUAUGAUAAAUUUUAUAUACAUGAAGUACAAGAAUUGAUAGACAUACGGAAUGAUUAUAUCAACUGGGUCCAACAGCAGGCCUAUGGAAUGGAUGUCAACCAUGGAUUAACUGAGUUGGCAGAUAUCCCUGUUACAAUCUGCACAUAUCCAUUUGUAUUUGACGCCCAAGCAAAAACUACUCUGUUACAAACAGAUGCAGUCUUACAGAUGCAGAUGGCUAUUGACCAGGCCCACAGACAGAAUGUCUCCUCUCUUUUUCUCCCAGUGAUUGAAUCUGUGAAUCCUUGCUUAAUUCUAGUGGUACGUAGAGAAAAUAUAGUAGGAGAUGCAAUGGAAGUCCUUAGGAAAACAAAGAAUAUAGACUACAAAAAGCCACUCAAGGUUAUAUUUGUUGGAGAAGAUGCUGUUGAUGCAGGAGGGGUACGCAAAGAAUUUUUCUUGCUCAUCAUGAGGGAAUUAUUGGAUCCUAAAUAUGGCAUGUUUAGGUAUUAUGAAGAUUCCAGGCUCAUUUGGUUUUCUGAUAAGACAUUUGAAGACAGUGAUUUGUUCCACUUGAUUGGUGUUAUCUGUGGAUUAGCAAUUUAUAAUUUUACUAUUGUGGACCUCCAUUUUCCUUUGGCUUUGUAUAAGAAACUGCUAAAAAAGAAGCCAUCUCUGGAUGAUUUGAAAGAACUAAUGCCUGAUGUUGGGAGAAGCAUGCAACAGUUACUGGAUUAUCCAGAAGAUGAUGUUGAGGAAACAUUUUGUCUUAAUUUUACGAUCACAGUUGAAAACUUUGGUGCAACAGAAGUGAAAGAACUGGUUCUAAAUGGUGCAGACACAGCUGUUAACAAACAAAAUCGGCAGGAGUUUGUUGAUGCUUAUGUGGAUUACAUAUUCAGUAAAUCAGUGGCUUCCUUAUUUGAUGCUUUUCAUGCGGGCUUUCAUAAGGUCUGUGGAGGAAAAGUCCUUCAGCUCUUCCAGCCUAAUGAACUACAAGCAAUGGUUAUUGGAAAUACAAAUUAUGACUGGAAGGAACUGGAAAAGAAUACAGAAUACAAAGGAGAAUAUUGGGCAGAACAUCCUACAAUAAAAAUGUUUUGGGAAGUAUUUCACGAAUUACCAUUGGAAAAGAAAAAGCAAUUUUUGUUAUUUUUGACAGGUAGUGAUCGCAUUCCUAUUCUUGGUAUGAAGAGUCUAAUACUAGUCAUCCAGUCAACAGGAGGUGGUGAGGAAUAUCUCCCAGUUUCCCAUACCUGUUUUAAUCUUCUGGAUCUUCCAAAAUACACGGACAAAGAAACUCUACGCUCUAAACUGAUCCAAGCUAUUGACCACAAUGAAGGUUUCAGUUUAAUAUAACUUUGGAGUUAUAACUAUUCAGUUUACUGCAAAAGCAUUAAACUAUUAGUGUGUUUUUUUGUGGUGAUGAAUCCAGCAAGGUGACAGAGGUACUAUUAUAAUUCUUACUUGCAAAAUGUUCAAUGCAAUGAGUAUUCAUGAAAGCCAAAAAACAUUAAAGGAAAUGAACAAACUGUGUUAAUAUUAAACUUACUGUACAGAACCAUGGAUUUUUUUUUUGCCAUCUUCCAAUAAACAUACAAGUAUUGUGAAUACAUGGAAGUUUUACUAACAUGAAUUUUAAGAGUUUGCAUAUUUCACAAAUGAUCUGGUGUGUGAGUGCAUGAAAAUGUUGCUUAAUUUUUCUUCAAUCACGGCUCAAAAACCUUUAACUUUGGCCUGCAAUAGUCAUUUGAUUAUUUUUUCAUUUUGUAAAUACUGUUAAGUUUUGUAAUAAAAUAGUUAUGUUCUGAUACCA